AUGAAUCAGCAGGCAUCUCUGACCAGAAAGCAGUGCGAUUUUACCAAGCUUAUCAUGGCUGGGUACGACUUGGAGCUGAACAAUGGCAGCACGCAGGACUUCGACGUCAUGUUCCACGGGCCCAACGGGACCGCUUACGAAGGAGGAAUAUGGAAGGUUCAUGUGACCCUACCAGAUGACUACCCCUUUGCCUCUCCAUCGAUUGGAUUUAUCAACAAGCUGCUGCACCCAAAUGUGGACGAAGCUUCAGGAUCGGUGUGUCUGGAUGUGAUUAACCAGACGUGGACCCCCUUAUACAGCCUCGUGAACGUUUUCGAAGUUUUCCUGCCCCAGUUGCUGACCUACCCAAACCCAUCAGAUCCACUGAAUAGCGACGCGGCGUCUUUGCUCAUGAAGGACAAAAAUAUAUACGAAGAGAAGGUGAAAGAAUACGUGAAGCUGUACGCAAGCAAAGACCUGUGGGAAAGACAGAAAAAGGAGAAGAACGCAUCCAACAUGAAUGGCAAUAUAUCGCCAGUGAGCGAGCUUUCUUACGUCGACCAGGAGGUUCAGGAUAUCGACUUGGACAACCUGUGACGGGGAAAACCCCACCAUGAUUAACACCACGACGAUAAUUACCAUUAUUAUGAUAAUUUUUUUCUCUCCAUUUUUACGACUCUUAUUUUUUAUUUUAUUUUAUUUUUUUUGUUGUGUACUUUAUUUGUAAAAUAUGAAUUUUCCAAGAGGCAAAUACGAGAGCCUCUGACGUGAUGGCCGCGUGCACCUUGUACGCGCCAUGUGGAGGUGCACGCCUAUAGGUAUACUAACAUAUGCACAGACAGUACGCUAGGCCUGCGUUGCACAUUCCCGUGUGCAAUGGACGCACAACCGUCGCCAUGGUCAUCACCUGCCAUAGUAAUAUAAAUAUAUUUUUAUACGUAUGUGUGUGUG